CAGUUGAUGUCUCGGUGUCGUAUUGGAAAAAUAAUCAUGAGUAAAGCCGUUUGCCUCAUCGUUCUCUUUGCCCUGGCAGCAGUUCACUGUGCCGAAAAUUCAAAAGCUAAAGUUAAAAGAGAUCUGAAUGAAAUUGGUGGAGGAUAUGUUCCAUUUGGGUUACGAGAUUUAGAAGGGAUUGGCGGAGGAUUUGUACCGUAUAACGGAAAAAGAGCUUUAGACGAAAUUGGUGGUGGUUACUUGCCUUCAUACGGAAAACGAACGGCAUUCGCUGUGAGGAAAUUAAGAGAGAUGGCCAAGAAACACGAUUUAGUGGUAUAA